AAUAAGGUUCAUGUAAACACAGCCACGUGUCUGACCAUCAAGUGUGUGUGAGCUCCAGUUCAGGCUGUAAUUUCCCACAGGCCCGCGGGGCUAAGGCUAGCUCAAGUUAGCCUAGCCGUUGCGGAAGUGUCCACUCGCAGGCUGGCAGUCCAAACUAAGUAACAAGAGGGGAAAUCCACAACAGGACUCGAAUGUGUGUGUUGUUUGUGUUACCGCUGUCUGUGAUGUGACGUGUCGCGUGAAUGUCAGUACUGUGUAGUUGUGGCUUCGUGUUCGAUCGAGGCCCCACUUCCGGUGUGCCACAGGCCGAGCUGGUGAUCCCCACUCACCACUUGGUAUCGGCUCGCCGGGUCCAUCCCCGGUUCGGUUCAGCUGGGAGAUCCGGCCGAGGGGAGUCCGACUGCUGAGUGUGUCCGGGCCUCGAGCGUCGCGAUCCGGGGACGCUCCUGUCAAACUGUCGCUGGACAACAGAGGAGAGAAAUGGCUGCGACCCGCUGGAGUGCUGCUCAGGAAAAUAACUGCGAGUCCCGGGGAGGCAAGCUCAAGUGCGCGUCUGGCUAACUUGACGGGUGGGGAUGAACACGGAUUUCCAAGGAUUGAAGAAUUGUGAUGACGCAAAUACACACGCACAAUUAAAUGAAACAAAGCCUAAACAACCUAGGUCCGAACUCCGAGCGUUUUGUGCCGAUGUCGUCAUCUGGAGCCGGAGACGAUCAUUUCAGCUGAUGCACCCACAGAAAGGCAGUGAAGUUCCCUGGAGGUGUUGCACCACAGUGUCUUCUGGUGGCUGCAUGGACUAACUGCAUGUUAUGUUAAACUCUCAUCAGAUGAAAGAACAAAUUGUGCACCUCCGAGAGGAGCUGGAUCGAGAGAGGGAAGAGAGAGACUACUUUCAGCUGGAGAAGGGCACGAUCCUCAUCUCUGAGAACACGCAGAGAGAGCUACAGGAGAUAAAAGAUGAACUCAAAAACCUAGAAAAGGUCAUAAGAGAGGAUGAGAGGCACCACCAAGUAGAGAUCAAGGUGUUGAGGCAAAAGAUGAAGCACAACCUUUGUGAGCACCAGAACAUGAUCUCUGAGUUGAGAGCAAAUGCUUUAGUCUCAACUGAAAUACAGCAAAAAGAGCAACACAAAUUAGAGACAGAGCUUCAUAAGAGAAUGAAGGCCGUCAAGGUUGAGAUCGAGGAGAUAAACGAUGAAUACCACGUCAAGGAGCUGGAACUGAAACAUGCAGAAGAAAUGACUAAACUGAGGGACAAAUUGGAGAAGCAACUCAUAGAAACUGAAGCUGUGUAUGAGGAAAAGAUGACGUUACUGCUACAAGAGCUGGACAACAUGAGGAAAAAUGAGCUCAGUGAGAGAGAAGAUAAGUGGAACAGCCACAUCGAUGGUCUCAUAUUAGACCACAACAAAGCUCUCAGUGAAGCUAGUGAGCUGGGUAAAGACUUACAACAGGUUGUGGAUGGGAAUGAUUCACUCAAGACACAAAUCAAAGAAAUGAAGAUGAAACACAAGCAAAAGAGCAAGGACCUGAUCCCUGUUUUGUGUGAUUACAAACGUCUUGCUGAGAAUCUUUCAAAAGAUAAAGAGGAAAUCAUUGAAAAGAAGAAAAAAAUGAAACACAGCGGAAUGGAAAAGGACACCAAAGAAAAGAUCAUAGUAAAGAAGAUGAAUGAUCUUAAACAGGAUCACGAGACGCUGAAAGAGAAAUUCAACAAGCUUCAGCUUGAGAAGGAAGAGCUGUACAAGACGCACAAUAUUCAGGAGGUGCAUCAUAAAGCAGAUCUGAAGAAGAUGCAGCUGGAAACGAAGCUGAAAGCUCUCACCGACAGUCUGGAGAAGACAAAGGCUCAGCUCCAGUCUGUGCUGUCUGCCUCUAACAUGGACCAAACAGCCCUUUGUGAGGUCAUAAACAACAUUGAGGAAAACCUUGACUCCAACAAUAAUACCAUCAAGAUCUUACGAUAUAAAAAAGUUCAGAUUUCCAAGGUGCAUGGGGAUUUGCUGCUGUACUAUAAGGCCAAGCUAAAGGCUCUUGGUGUCCCAGUGGAGUAGCUUUGUGCUGGAAAAUGUUAGGGACAGGCCUUUGAUAUUGGCUUUGCCCCAAAAGUGCCAAAACAGACAUAUUAAUAAAAAACACCAUCAGCUGUGAAGCAGGGACUGUUUCCCUAUAGCAAAGCAGCUGAAUUAAAAAACA